CUGUGCAAAUGUCAUAAAUGUCAUCCCAGAGGGCCUAGCACUAGGAGUCUGUAUGAUCCACGUCUUUUAUAAAUACUUAGUAAACUCCAUGUUAUACAAUAAAUAAAUGCAAUAAAAUAUUGUAGGUAUGUCCGUAACGUUAUUCCGAUUAUUUGUUAAUAACUUGAGACAGAAUUUGCCGCGGCAUCCUGUUAGAACAGUCCCAAUCCGCAUCAUGUCUGCCACUGACGUAGCAAUGGAGAUAAAAGAGCCAGAAGACACAGAUUUAGUGCGAAGCAAGAAAGCAACCAGGUACAAAAAAAGAUUCAUGAAACGCAAAUGGGAUGAUGAAAGAAAAACGGAAGGAGAAAGCACUGAGAAGAAACCAUAUGAAAGGAUUAAGAAGAAAAAGAUGGCCAUGUUACUUGGUUACUGUGGUGUUGAUUACUUCGGUAUGCAAAGAAAUCCAGGAGUCAGAACCAUAGAAGAAGAUCUUUUAAAAGCUCUGUAUGAGGCCAAGUAUAUAACAGAGGAAGAAUUCAACACUGCACAGAACACACAGUUUCAGAGAAGUUCUCGGACCGAUAAAGGAGUUUCGGCAGCCAGGCAGGUUGUGUCACUUAAACUGCCAUUGCAAGUGGAGGUAGAGGAAAUAAACAAAAGGUUACCAGAAUGCAUUAAAGUUUUCGGUAUAAAGCGAGUAACAAACAAAUUCAAUUCAAAAUCUAAGUGCAAUGCCAGGACAUACAGUUAUACAUUACCAACUUAUGUGUUUGAGCCAAGCCUUGAGGAUGAGGUUUCGAGGAAGCAAUACCGGAUACCAUCAGAGAAGUUGGAUAAAGUAAAUAAUGUAUUAGGAGUGUAUAAAGGGACAAAGUCGUACCACAAUUUUACAGAGAAGAAACAUUUUCAAGAUCCAUCUGCAUCGCGGUACAUGAUGGGCUUCUGUGUGGACCGAGUUUUCGUACAUUCAGACAUGGAGUUUGCCGUCUUGGUAGUUAAGGGUCAAAGUUUCAUGCUGCAUCAAAUAAGGAAGAUGAUUGGCCUCGCGCUUGCCGUGCUCCGUGGUCAUGCCGACCCUUCGAUAAUGGAGAAGGUUUUCGGAAAGGAAAAGGUCAUGAUACCUACUGUUCCAGGCCUUGGAUUGGUUUUGGAUAAGGUCCAUUAUGAUAGAUACGAUGCUAAAUUUGGAUUGACACAUGAAAAGUUAAUCUGGGAUGACCAAGAGGAUACAAUACAGAAAUUUAAAAUGGAUUACAUAUACCCAAAUAUAGUUAAAGGGGAAAUUGAAGGCAAUAACUUUGCCAUUUGGUUAGAAAAACUAAAGCUACACUCUUACGAGCCUUCGGAUAAUGUGCCAAAUGAGGUAGAAGAAGCAGGUGAUGAUGAUGACGAUGACGAUGAUGCAGAUGAUGAUGAUGAAGAUGAAGAAAGUGACAAGAAAAAUGGUAUGAAUAAACCAAACAAACUAGUCAAAGAUAAACAACUGACAGAUGGCGGAACUGAAGCAAAAGUAGUCGAUGUUUCAAAGGAUGCUGCUAUUGAAGAAAAAUUAGAUGACUUAACUAAAAAGGAUGAUUCUGUAGAAAUGACAGCUGAUGAACAAGUUAAAACAAGUAGUGAGAAUGCAAAUGAACAAAUUAAAUCUGAUGCUAAAGAUGCAUAGGUAAUUGAACUUGAGUCUGCUUGUGAAUGAGUGAUGUUACUUAUAUGUGAUAAGUCUAAGUGGAUUUUAGCUAUAAUUUUAUUAUGAUGUGAGCAAAAUCUGGUAAUAUACACAAUAAAAUGGCUCCUGAGCAUUUUCAUUUUUUUUUAAUUUACAGUAAAUCAUGUUUUAAUAAAGGUGAAGUGAAGA